GGUGCUGGGGUCCCUGUGUGGCGGGAAGUGGUCCGGGAGUCGGAACCUCUGGGUUCGGUCCUGGCCGGGAUGUUUUUAUCCGAGGCUGGGGCCCGGCCUCGGACCCGGGAAGUUAGCCCGGCUGAACGCAAGAAGUGGGUGGAAGUGUUUAAAGCCUGUGAUGAAGAUAACAAAGGCUAUCUAAGCAGAGAGGACUUUAAGGUUGCUGUUGUAAUGCUGUUUGGGUACAAGCCCUCCAAGAUUGAAGCAGAUUCUGUGAUGUCUUCAAUAAAUCCCAGUACUUCUGGUUUAUCACUUGAGGAAUUUGUAAAUAUUGUUCGGAAAAAGAAGGAAGCUCAACUGUAUCGGAAUGAGAUAAGACACAUCUUCACAGCUUUUGAUGUGCACUAUCGUGGAUUUUUAACUUUGGAAGAUUUCAAAAAGGCAUUUAGACAAGUGGCUCCCAGGUUGUCAGAGAGGACUGUGAUUGAGGUGUUCAGGAAAACCGUGUCAGCAUUGCCUUCGUGAGCUCCCAGCCGGCCUCCCCUUAGCGGAGCACUGUCAUGACUGACAGACUGCCGUGGCUCGGACGAUGGUAAUUUGGUGGACAUUUUCUCAGAAGUGAAUGAAAUAAGCCUGUCAUCUCAAGGAAAAAAACAGCUGAUAGAAUUUGUUGCCAAUGACAGAAUUUGAGCUUUCAAGUGAUAAUUAGAAUUUGGGAAGCUUGUAUUUCCUCUGGUGAACUUGACAGUUUCUCAAUAAAGACUUUUGUGAUGAGUUCAGUAGUGAUAUUAACAAACAGCAUGUUUUUAUAUUGUGUAAGGAAAUGUGUUAGCAUUUAGAAGAUCUAUAACAUGAAUGAAUACCUAUAUUUCAAUGUCCAGUGUAUGAUGUUACAGAAGCUACACAUCUUGGUUAGGUGAAAAAUCCAUGGAAAGU